AUGGAAGAUAUCUCAAGCAUUUAUUCAAUUAUUAGAAGCAAGAAGAACUUACCUAGCAAUUUAGCCAAUUACAUUAAAGAAUUAGCUAAAGUAUUGCUGAGAUUAAAGAGAACAAGAGAGUGAAAUUCUAGUAUAGAGAAAGAGUGGUAUGAGGAGCAAAUAAUCACAUUCAGAGGGUUAUGCAUGUCUAGUAAUCCAAAUUUUGCAACUAUUACGAGUGUUCUUACUCCAUCCCCUCAGUGAGCGAACAAAAACAUUGGGGAAAUCCCUAUUUUUUGCCCAAAAACCCACCCUCCGUGAGCGAACACAAAAAAUUUUGAUAUAUAAAUGAUAAUUAGUAUAAUGAAAUAUGUAGCUAAUUCUGUUUAAUUUUAAACAAAUUGCGUUUUAAAACAUAAAUUUUAUAAAUUAAAUUAAUAUUUGCUUUCCAAUUUUUAUGAAUUGGGAUUUUUUUAAAUUUUGAAAAAAUAUAACAUAAAAUUUAUAUAUACAUUUUUUUAAAAAUAAAUUAACCCCCUCCGUGAGCAGGCAAAAUUGUUCUGUUCGCUCACGGGGGGAAGUUAGAGAAAUUGAGGCAAAAUUUUUUGAAAUUUAUGCGAACCCUUUCAUUGAAGCUGGAGAUAAUAUAUCUGAUUUUAUUGAGGAUGAAGACAAUUUUGACUUAAAAUUGUUAAAGAUAAUGGAGAAAGUCAUCAAAAAAGCAAUAUUUCAUGACGGCCAACUGCAAGAUUUAAAGAAAACAAUAAGCUUUCUACUCGAGAAAUUAGAAAGCUAUUAUCUACCUCGAAGCAUUUACAUUGAAUCCCUAUUAAGAAAUCUUUUAGUCUCAGAAAACAACGAGCAAGCUAAUUCAGACUACAUAUGAGAUUUAUGCCAUACGCUAUUUUACGGGUGAGGUAAAAAAGUACACUGUACUUUUUUUCAACCCCUCCGAAAACCUAUAAAAAUCACUGUAAUUUCCAAAAAAUGGAAUUUUGGGGUGAAAAAGUGAUACUUUUUAAUUUUUCUAAACAGGGGGGCGAAAAAAGUGCACGAUGAUACAGUCAUUUUUAUAGUUUUUUCGGAAUGGGUUGAAAAAUAACAGUGUGCUUUUUACCUCACUUUUAUUUUACGAUACCCAAGCCUACCUCGACCAUCAACGCUUAAAUAUAAUCUGCCACAAUUUCCAAUAUUCCCCUGAAACCCGAACUCUUUUUACCCCAGAACUAUUUCCUAAAAAAUUGGUAUUAAAAGUAACAAGUCCUCUAACAAAAUACAACCCAAAAUACGAAAAAAUUGGAGAAGACCAAAUAUUUUUGCCGCAAGGCAAAGAAAUCACUAUUUCUGGUCUCGGAUUUGAAGAAUCGCCUAGGUUUUGCAAAGACAGACUUGUAAUAGGCGGGAGAUUAUUAAACGAUAUAUCAGAGCUUGAUAUUUUGAUGGAGCCUGACGAUAAAACGCUAAACCAUUACCAAUUUUUAAUUAUCUGCGCAUCUGAUGGGUACUAUUUAAUAGAUACCUCAAGCUCUCCGAAUUCAGCAAGUAUUGGGUUAAGCAUCAGUUCUACAGUCUUGGUUGAAGGAAUGCUGCUAAAAUUAGGAAAAUUUAAGAUAAUUAAUGUUCACAAAAUCGAACCAAGAGGAGAUGAAAAAGUUUUUCACUAUCAGAGUCUUACUGGAGUCCCUCUAAAUGUAAUUCCUAAAGCAGUUAUAACAACAGAAAAGCCUUGGGAGUAUAAGAGAGGAGACAAUAUCAAUCGUAUUGAACUAAGUGUAAGCAGAAGCCAAAUUAAGUUAUAGAAAAUUCACUUUGAUAUAGCCCUAUCAGUGGGAGAAUUGCCCGCUGAGUUCACAAUUUGGUCCGACAAAAGCUAAUAAUUUUGGCGGACCAAAUUGUAAUUAUAACGGGCAAUUCACCGACUGAUAGGGUUCUCUAUUGACGUAUAAAUUUUAUGCUGCCAUAGCUGGGAUCGCCUACUAGCUGGACUAACUUGGCUCCAGGAAAGGUGCUAUACGCUAACUCCCCCCCUCCGUGAGCGAACAAAAUUUUUUAUGGGAAAAAAUUUUGAUAUAUAAGUGAUCACUAUUAUCAUGAAAUCGAGCUAAUUCUGAUUAAUUUAAAAAUAAAUUACGUUUUAAAACAUAAAUAUUACAAAUUAAAUUAAUAUUUGCCUUUCAAUUUUCGAGAAGUGGAAAUUCCGAAAUAAAUUUUUUAAAAAAAAAAAAAAAAUUAACCCCAAUCCAUGAGGAACAAGUUUUUGUUUGUUCGCUCACGGACCUGAGUGCAAAUGGGUGUGUGGCCCAACCAAAAUUCCACCUUCUUGAAUUUCCUUGGCACUCACUUGAUCUAAAGAUCAGCUUGCUAGGUUAGAACCACCCACUGUAGGGUGCCCCAAUAGUCCCAAUAGAUGAAAAUUAUAUAAGAGGCAAAACCUGUGUAUCCUAUCGAGGGACAGAAAACCUUUGGGGGAAAAUAAAGCUUCCCUCUAUGGCUAAGAAUCCCCAAGCCUGAAGGCCUACUUCAAAAGGGACAGAGUCCCUACUUUCAGCUUCAUCAGAAUAGGCCCAACCAGCUCCAUAGUGAAUGAAUUUCCGUCAACAUCACCAUUUUAUUUCUGCUUAAGCCAAGGAGAAUUUAUCAAUGAUGGCAUGCAUUUAGUUUAUAAUCAUAAAAAUGAAAAUACACUUAGCUGGCGCCUAUUAAAGACUUAUGAUGAGUAUACUAAAGGGCUUCCAUCUAAAGCUGUGAAACUUGAAUGCGAAACCGGGAUUAUUUGUGUUUAUUCUUGUUUCCUGUUUUACGAAAUUAAUUAA